CUGUGGCGGGGCGUCACAUGCGGGCCGCCCUUUUAUAUUUCCUUUCCUCAUCUACCCCAGACUCUCUCCACCUUCUACUACUGCCUUGUUUUUCUAUCUAUUUUUUCUUUUCCUCUCAUCAAAAUGAAGAACAGUACUUCAGAAUCGAGCGCGGGUCCCAGUACUCUGGCCCGCGUCUCCGCCGUUUCAGCCCAUCUCUCCCAAAACAACACCAAGGCAGACAACUCGAUACUCGGUCUCGGAAACCCGGUCCAGUCCAUGGCUGCCGAGCGCGCAGCCGCGUCGUUCCCCGUCCGCGAGCUCACAUACUUCCUUGAUGGCGGCGAGGAGGCGACAUUGGUCCGCGAACGCCUGAUGUCGGAGAUUGAGCGGGAUCCGCUAUUCCAGAACAUCGACGCCUACGAUCUGAACAAGGAGCAGCUGCGCGAGCGCACAAUGAAGAAGAUCACCCGGCUGGUGCACUACGUCGUGGCCGAGCCCGAGGAGGUCACUUACCAGCGUCUUUCCCUUAUUGGAGUCGUCGACAUGGGUCUUCUCACCCGAACCGGCGUGCACUACGGUCUCUUCUUCGGCGCUAUCCGCGGCUCAGCUACUCCUAAGCAGUUUUCCUAUUGGAUCUCUCAAGGCGCCGCUGAGCUCAAGGGAAUCAUCGGAUGUUUCUGCAUGACCGAGCUCGGUCACGGCUCGAACGUCGCGGGACUUGAGACUACUGCGACUUUUGAUGAAGGAUCCGACGAGUUUAUCAUCAACACCCCUCACGUUGCGGCUACAAAAUGGUGGAUUGGUGGCGCUGCCCACACUGCUACGCACACUGUCUGCUUUGCCCGCCUUAUAGUACACGGAAAGGACUAUGGCGUCAAAUCAUUUGUCGUCCCGCUCCGUGAUCCCACCAACUACGAGCUCAAGCCCGGUAUCUCCAUUGGCGACAUCGGUCGCAAGAUGGGCCGUGACGGAAUCGACAACGGCUGGGUUCAGUUUACAAACGUCCGUAUCCCACGCCAGUUCAUGCUCAUGAGGCAUUGCCAGGUCGACCGUCACGGAAAGGUCACGCAGCCGCCGCUCGAGCAGCUCACUUAUGGUGCGCUGAUCGGCGGUCGUGUGUCGAUGACCGCCGACUCUGCCCAGAUGAGCAAGCGGUUUGUGACUAUUGCGAUCAGAUACGCCGCCGUUCGCCGUCAGUUUACCGCCAAAAAGGGACAGGUCGAGACCAAACUGCUUGAUUACGCGCUCCAUCAGCGCCGUCUGCUUCCACUUCUUGCUCAGACUUUUGCCAUCCAGUUCUCGGCCGACGAGAUCUUGAAGAUGCACCGCUCCCUCCUCAAAAACAUCGACUCAAUUGAUCCCUCUGAUAAAAAGUCCAUGGGUGCUCUGAUCGAGGAACUGAAAGAGGUUUUUGCUACCUCGGCCGGUCUCAAGGCGUUCUCGACCUGGGCCUGCGCCGAUACGAUCGACCAGACGCGCCAAGCGUGCGGCGGCCAUGGAUACUCCGCAUACAACGCAUUUGGCCCCGCAUACGCCGACUGGGUUGUCCAGUGCACAUGGGAAGGUGACAACUCCAUCCUCGCUCUCUCGGCCGGACGCGCACUUAUUCAGCGCUACCUGCAAGUCAAGAAGGGCCGCACCGCGCCAGUUUCGACGGGCUACCUCAACAAGGCUGCCGAGCUUGCCAAAGCGACCGCUGGUUCGCGCAAGAUUGAUUCGCCUGAAGUUCUUGUCGAGGCAUGGAACGCAGUCGCGUCUGCCGUCGUCUGCAAGGCCGGAGCAUCGUUCGAGGCGCUCACCAAGAAGGGCAAGACCGCCGACGAAGCGUUCGAGGAGACUUCUCAGCAGCGAUUCCUCGCGGCGCGUAUCCACACGCGUGCUUCGAUGGUUCGCAUGUUUUACGACCGCAUUGCAACCGCUAAGCCCGAGCUCAAGGAAGUCCUCUACGACCUCGCGGCGCUGUACGCGCUCUGGUCGAUCGAGAACGACUCAGGCCUGUUCCUGCAGGCCGGAUACUUUACCUCUGCGCAGAUCGACGAGGCCAAGGACUUGACCGAGGUGUAUCUCGGCAAGGUUCGCAAGCAGGCCAUCCCGCUCACGGACUCGUUCAACUUUUCGGAUUUCUUUAUCAACUCGGCGAUCGGUCGCAAGGACGGCAACGUGUACGAAAACUACUUUGAGCUCGUCAAGAGACAGAACCCGUCCAAGCCGCAGGCGCCGUACUACGAGUCGAUCAUCAAGCCUUUUGUCGAGAGAAAGGAUGAGCCUGAGAUCGAAGUGGCUGAGCUAGAAGAGGACGAAGACUGAUUUUUGUCGUCAAACCGAUUGUUUUCACAUCAUUGCUGCUCACGAUUUUGUCGCAACGUCUUUUUAUUUUAUGUAUAUGGGUUAAUUAUAUGUUUUUUAUUUCUAUAGUAAAGAUGUUAAAUAGAGACUUAUU